GUUAAAAGAGAAGAAUAGAAAAGAGAAAGGUGACAUGUAUACAUCAGCACCAUCAUUACAAUCAUCACUUACAAGCCCACAAACCAAACCUAUAUUCCAAACAAUUCUUCCUUUACUUUGUUUUCAACCUUCUUCCACACAUUUCUCUCCUUUAUGCUCCUUCUCUUCCUUGCACUCUCUUCUACACCCCAUGUUUACUUUCUCAAAUCAUUCAUACCCUUUUCCACACAGUCUUCCUUCCACUACCACUAUAUAGACUUUCAGUUGAAUGAUUAGCCCACAAAAUUAACACCUUCCUUUUUCUUCUCUAGAUUACUCACCAUCUCCAGUUUAUCAUAUCUUCCUUUCUUUUUCUUUGGUUCAAAUUUCAAUGGAAGAGCUCCUAUAACUGAGGAACCACAUUGAACAAAGAGUAAAAGUGGAGGAGGAGAAGGAGGAAGUGCCAAAGAAGAAGUACAACAAUGAGAUUAAAGAUGGAAAGGAGUGUAAAUUACUGUAAAAUAUUUCUCUUACUGAGUCAAAUCCUCUGUUCAGGUUCAAGUAGGACAGAACAUCAACAUGUUAAUGUAAAAGGACAUAAAGUGAAACAAGAUUUCACUAACCCAAUUUCUACUAUCCAAAAGGAUAUUACCACUCCCAUCACCACCAUUCCCACCAUUUCAACACCUCCAUUUCUGAAUCCUAAUUCCAACCCAGACACAUUCUCUCCAGCCUCCACUGUCCCAAUUACCACUCCAACCACAAUGAAUUCACCAGUUUCCUCCUCAGGUUCAAGCUGGUGCAUUGCAAGCCCCAGUGCCUCACAGACUAAUUUACAAGUUGCAUUGGACUAUGCUUGUGGCUAUGGAAGUGCUGAUUGUACAGCAAUUCAACCUGGUGGAAGCUGUUACAGCCCAAUUACUAUCAGAGACCAUGCUUCUUAUGCCUUCAAUAGGUAUUAUCAGAAGAACCCUAUUCCAAAUAGCUGCAAUUUUGGUGGAGCAGCUGUCAUCACUAGCACUAACCCAAGUACUGGGACAUGUCAAUACACAUCCACUAGUACUAGUUCAUCAGUUUUAAACACGACAAACUCAAGUGGUGCCAACGUUUUUGGGUCAGUGCCAGUUCCCACGAACCCCUCUCCCUCUGCAGCUCCUGACACAUUAAAUAGCUUUACAGAUAUUGUUUGGGUCAUUCUAUUUCUAUGGGUGAUAUCAAUUCUGGAGAACAAUUCAGUGUCUCUAAAAUAAAAUGGAUUGUUAUAGACUUAUAGUUAGAUGUCGCAGCUCUUGCCAAAAAAAUAUAUAUUUGCACUUUUUUUGGGAGACUGAAAAAGCAUAUAGCAAGUAACUACAAGACAUGGAACAUCUUCUAGAAAGAAAAAAAAAAUUCUUAGAUGAUGGA